CCGAUACGUCUUGUUAGUGGAAGUGACGCGCAUGCGUCCAGAGCUGUCAUCCGUAUUUAACAUCCUUUGGUUUUGCUCCCCUUUCCCGGUUCGGCUCGGCUUGGGUUUCGGCCCUGGUUCUGCCCCGUCUCUGUUUUGGUUCGGUCUGCUUCUAGUAUCGCCCACCCCUCCCCGCUGUGCGGCGCUGACUCGUUCACACAGACGGCUGUUCAGAGACAAGGGAAGAUGUCCACCACCGCAGGCGGAGAGUUCGGUAACCCGCUGCGGAAAUUCAAGCUCGUUUUCCUGGGCGAGCAGAGCGUGGGGAAGACCUCCCUCAUCACCAGAUUCAUGUACGACAGCUUUGACAAUACCUACCAGGCAACCAUUGGAAUAGAUUUCCUGUCAAAAACAAUGUAUUUAGAGGAUCGUACGAUCCGGCUGCAGCUCUGGGACACGGCCGGACAGGAGCGAUUCCGCAGUCUCAUUCCCAGCUAUAUCCGCGAUUCUGCCGCGGCCGUCGUGGUGUACGACAUCGCAAAUCUAAACUCCUUUCAACAAACCUCCAAGUGGAUCGAUGAUGUCAGAACAGAGAGAGGAAGUGAUGUCAUUAUCAUGCUAGUCGGGAACAAAACAGACCUGGCUGAUAAGAGACAGGUCUCUAUAGAGGUGGCUGAGCGGAAGUCCCGUGAGCUCAAUGUGAUGUACAUAGAGACCAGCGCCAAGGCAGGCUAUAACGUCAAGCAGUUGUUCCGUCGUGUGGCUGCUGCCCUGCCUGGGAUGGACAGCACACCUGAGAAAAGCAAAGAGGACAUGAUCGAUAUCAAACUGGAGAAGCCGCCUGAACAGCCAGUCACUGAGACCAGCUGCUCCUGCUAAUCCCGUCCCCUUUUUCAACAGCUCGUCUCCCAUUGGCCAUUUACACCAACCAUGUCAGACGCCAUUGGCUAGAGAACCUACUUCCAGACGGCUCAGUGACUAUCCGGAGUAACCGUGUGGAUGUGCUAUUACAUUUAAACGAAACAAAAUUUAAAUUUUAAAACUAAUCAAUUUAAAACCACAGUUUAAAUGCUGAAAAGUUCAAAUCUCAUCUAUUACGACUGCAUGGCGUAUUUAGGAUUGCAGACUGAGAUAGCUUCUCCCACCUCUCUUCAGUUAUUGCACUUUUUUUUGUUUUUUGAAGCAAAAAUGGUGCCGUUACACUCUUGUCAUUGUUGAAUUAUAAUAAUAAAAAUUAUAAUAAAAAAUGUGUGUUUCAAAAAGAAAAAUGUGAAUGUUUGAGAAGGCCACUGCUGCUGUUCUAGAAGUAAAUCUUUUUUUUUGUGUGGGUGUGUGGUUGUUUUGUUCAUUGUGUGAAGCAGCACCUUUGUCAUAGGGCUGUGCCCCUGGCUGUAGCAUUAGAAUGCACUGGGCUCUUCUCUGUUUGCUAUCAUUCUUCAUUCUGUAGCUCCAGCAUUGAGAUUGAACUCCUCUUUAAAUGUCCCGAUCUGGCUUUGAGCUGCUACUGUAGAACCAUGCUUGCAUGGCCUUUGCCUGCACUUAUUCACGUCACACAGUUUAAAUGCAUGAUGUUUUUUUAGAACAGAGAAUCACCGGCAGUGGCAAACAGCUUCUCCCAAUCAGAGCAAAAAAAAAGGUAGUGGAGGCAUUUAAAAAGACAAAAUGGUUACGUAACAAAACUCCGCGCUCACGAGAAACACAUCUAAAGUAAAGACGAACGAAAUGUAAACUCAUUUCAAAAACAGGGUAAAGAGUUAAAAACAUUGUAUUGAAAUGCCAAUACCAGUUUACCGUUAGUUAUUAAGAUGCCAACAGUUGUGUUCCAGAUUCAGAUUGUAUUUACAUUCUAUUACCCUCGAAUAGCUGCCAGUUUAACCCUAAUUGGGCACGCCUGAGAAAAGCCAUCAUCACAGAUGGGGUUUGCAAUCUAUAUUCUUAUUGAUAUUAUUGUAUGGGUUAUUAAAUGUGUUAGUUACCUAUUAAUCCACUUUAAUAAUACAAUCUUAACUCGUAGGUUGAUGUAAUUAUAUGUCUGAAUGCCUCCUACCGUCAUGAAGAGUUCAUCUAAUAGGCUUUUAGUAAAACAAUGAACAUUACAGACUAGAAUGAACGUGUUGCUGUAUUAGAAUGGCAUUAAGCAAUCAGGACUGUAUUCAUUCGGAUUGUAUUGUCUUGUGAUGGGCAGCCUAAUCAAGCUGUACAUGGAUUCCUGGUUUGCUGAUUUAAAAUAAGCCUUGUCACCUCACAUAAUGGAGAGGCAGCUGUACAGCAAACCUGUGAGUGUCGCUGUGUGGUUUUAUUAGGAGGACAAGAAGCAAAAACUUGACAGCAUCUCCCAAAAAUCCCUUGAAAUAAUAAAGCACGGUUUAUCCUGACGAGCUUUACAUCUUUAAUAAGGCUUGAGUACCACGGUUUAAUAACCCAUAGUUAAACCCAAUCUGAAGGUUAAAAUGACCCCCUACUGUGCAGUGCAGCUGUCUUGUGUAACAUAGUAAAAAUAAUGUUGUCUAGGGUGUGCACUCCCUUAUUUAUCCUGCAGGAGGCAGGCUUUUGCACUCCGAGGCCUUGUGCUUUAAGAAGAUGCUUUUCUUGAGAACAGGAAAGAGGCCUCGAGUUCCCAAAGUAGUUCCCGAUACCAAUUGAUUGAACAGGAACACAAAUGCUGUGCUUAUGCCUAAAAUAGGUGCUGUUUUGCUAAUCGCAGUAGUAGGAGUAAAGUAGUAGUAUUGUUACAAAUAUUAUUUAUUUGGUUUUUAAUACUUGACUGUAUUGUAUUAUUUGCUUGACCAAAAUGAUGGUAGAGAGGCGGAGUUCAACACAGGGGGGAAUGUGUGCCAGACCCAGGCAGUGUUUAUGUGUGAACGCUGUGCCUGACCCAGGCAGUGUUUAUGUGGGAACGCUGUGCCUGACCCAGGCAGUGUUUAUGUGUGAACGCUGUGCCUGACCCAGGCAGUGUUUAUGUGGGAACGCUGUGCCUGACCCAGGCAGUGUGAACGCUAUGCCUGACCCAGGCAGUGUUUAUGUGGGAACGCUUUGCCUGACCCAGGCAGUGUUUAUGUGUGAACGCUGUGCCUGACCCAGGCAGUGUUUAUGUGGGAACGCUGUGCCUGACCCAGGCAGUGUUUAUGUGUGAACGCUGUGCCUGACCCAGGCAGUGUGAACGCUUUGCCUGACCCAGGCAGUGUUUAUGUGUGAACGCUGUGCCUGACCCAGGCAGUGUGAACGCUUUGCCUGACCCAGGCAGUGUUUAUGUGUGAACGCUGUGCCUGACCCAGGCAGUGUUUAUGUGUGAACGCUGUGCCUGACCCAGGCAGUGUUUAUGUGUGAACGCUUUGCCUGACCCAGGCAGUGUGAACGCUUUGCCUGACCCAGGCAGUGUUUAUGUGUGAACGCUGUGCCUGACCCAGGCAGUGUUUAUGUGUGAACGCUUUGCCUGACCCAGGCAGUGUUUAUGUGUGAACGCUGUGCCUGACCCAGGCAGUGUUUAUGUGGGAACGCUGUGCCUGACCCAGGCAGUGUUUAUGUGUGAACGCUGUGCCUGAUCCAGGCAGUGUGAAUGCUGUUCCUGACCGAGGCAGUGUCGCUUGUGUCUCAGCUCUUGUACUUGAAUGCAGUCCUUGCUUUUCCUCAGUUUGUUCUCUGUGUUAUACAGCAGGCGCCGCCUCUGUUGUGGAUCAGUGUGUAGUUAGACACCCCCUCACUCGGUAUGAUCUGUCUUCGCUGUACUUUGUUCGUUAGAUCCCUGGUCUGCAUACUUUGCUUCUUAAAAAAAAAAAAGAAAAAAAUAGAGAGAUAAAUAUUGAGUUAUUAUUAUUAUUAUUAUUAUUAUUAUUAUUAUUAUUAUUAUUAUUAUUAUUACAUAUUAAGUAACACUAUCUCUAUCUAAACUGGUCACUACUACUUGUCACUGAGUGAAUGUUCAGCUGUGUACUAUCUGGUGUGUCUCAUUAAACAUUUUAAACAUGC